GCUGAAAAUGAGCACAUUCCUGUUCUGGCGAAGGCAGCGGCAAGACCCGCCCUCGCUCCGCCUGGCUUGAGAGAUUUGCUGCCGCCGCCGCCGCCGCCGCCGCCUCGGCUCUUGCUGCCUUCUCGGCUGCCUGAACUGCCGACCGCAGCGGCGGAGCUGAGCGAGGGAGCCAGACGCCGGUUGCCGCCGCCAGCCAGCAGCCGGAGCGGGAAGGAACGCGGCUGAGUCCCAGCCGGAGAAGCCUCCGGCGGAGUCUGCCCUGGGGGUCGAGCGGCAUCCCGCGUCCGCGGAUCGCCGCGGCGGGAGUCAAGUUCUUUGCAGGAGUUGCAUCUGGAAGACGGCUCCAGGCGGCUGGUGGCGAUUCCUCGAGAAAAGGGAAGAGAACAAUCCCUUGCUCUGCAUGCAGGACCACUUUUUUUUUCUUGAUUGACACUGGCUGCCUUCUUCCCCAUUUGGAAAGUCGUUUCGGAGCUGGCUUGAUGGAAGUUCGAACUCAGAUGUAGUAGCAGCAUCAUUGCACUUUUUUUCUUUCUCGGAGGGGGAGAGAGAGCAAAGGAUGGGAACCGGAGAAAUGACAGGCGGCACCCAGGUCUGGGGACAGAGCCUUUCGAUGGGCAGCUGAAGUUCAGGCUUCGCUACUUAAAACGAAACCGGGCGAAUGCAAAUCCAGCUAGAAGAGGAGGGGGAGAAGAAGAGAAAGGAGCGAUGUGGCAACCGGAUAGUUCUACUCCUGUUUCCUCUUGAUAUACUGGCAUCAUUGCUGAUGGGAUACGACCCCCGACCCCCAAAGUAGGCUGCUUUUUAAGGUACGUCUUUCUUAAAAACGUUUGUUAAACAAUGUAAAGGGAGAGCAUGAGGUCUUUUUCUCUUUGUUUGGUUCUGUACGGCCGACCUCCUGUUGGCGAUGACUUUUAAAUAUUUGCAGCUGUUGGCAAAGAAAAACUUGCUCUAACUUCUUCAGCCCGGAGACAUUUAUUUGGGGGGUAUACUAAUUGGCUCAUAGCGCCCUCUGGUGACUUGCAAGGGACUGUCUCGAUUAGUAAGUCACAGGUGAAGAUAGGGUGGGGGGCACAACUGCAAAAUGUACACAGUUAUGCACAACGAUUGCAUUGCGGGAUUUUUUUAAUUGUAAAGUUUGCCUUUGAAAAAGAAAAAGCCGUUUGUGUUGCAGGUUGCAGUGUACAGAGACAUGAAUGGGUGUCUUAAUUGUAGAACAGCUUGGCGUUAAAACAACAACAACAACUUUUGUUAAUUCUGUUAUGUUUGAAGAUGACAGGCAAAUAGCAGUCCAGAUUGUGCUUUUGAAGGAAGGCUAUUUUGCUUAACUAGUAAAGUAGUGCUUUACUAAAUGAAGCAUUACAUCAAUUUAUGGGAUUUUCUGAAUACUGAACAGUUAUUCAGUUAGAAGUAAAAUCUAUUAAAAAGUAGAUUUUAAAAACAGUUAAAAAGUUAACAUCAUAUUACUUCUGACAUGAAUAUGUAGAAAAACUAUUUACAGUGAGAUGAUCUUUAAAAAACAAAACCAGUAGUUGGCUAUCAUAUGAACACUUUUCUUGUACAUUUUAAGGGACACAUGUUUGUCUGUUUGUUUUAACAGAGGAGAUCAACAUGCAAAGCGAACAGAUUCCAGAGCCAGCUAUCUGUGCAUCCCAUUUCAUAUUUUUAAUUUGGCUUUGUGAUGAGGCAAUAGAACUAAUUGAAACUCAGAGACAGGGUCUGGCUUCACAGACUGAUGAGGACCUGAAGAUAAUGAAAGGCGACAUGAAAGCAGCGAGUGUGUUAGACGAUCAUCAAACCCAACAGAGUUUUCACAACUGGAGGUUAGCAAGUGUGAGAAGGAUGGCAGCUCUGCCAAAAUUGGCCAGUGGAGACAUUUUGCAGAGUAUCCCUUCCCCACCAAAAUAAAGGACAAACUUCUGCGGAUGUGUGUGAACUAGGAGAGAAUGGGACAGAAGAGGGCAACUUGAACUCAUUAGUUCAUAUCUUUGGCACUAAAUUACAUUUGUUUCCUCAUUUGCUGUACAUGUAUUGUUAUCAGUGCCAUCCUAUCAUAACAGAAGAAAUCAAUGAUAUAUUUUUUAAAAAAACAAAACUAAAGAAGAACACUUCCACGAGUAACACCCUGGAUGUGUUUUUCUUCAUGGUUCAAUAGACAUCCUUUCUGUCAUUAAAUUUACUUGUUAGUCUAAUGUACAUGGAAGCUAGUGAAAGGUUUCAUUGUUUUUUAGCCCUCUGGGCAAAAAACACUUUUCAGCGUGGCCAAAGGGUUUCUAGUCUAAGCGCCUGCACACCAGCGUUUUUCCAGUGCUGUGUCAACUGAUCGCUUCAGCUCAGAACUGUGUGUACCUGGUAGCACAAGGUCCCCUCCGCUACUGCCGCCUGGGAUUGCGUAAAAAGCUUUCAAGUGUAUUUUUCCCACGCUGGCGAGUCUGAUUCAUGUUUGAAAUCUGAACAGUGGUUUUGUUUUUUCGAAAGAGGUGUAUGCCCGAAGGGAGGAAACUGCCUAAUGGAUCAUGGCUCUAAUGUUUACAGGACAUUCCUUAUUUCUAGCCUUAGUGAUGUUGGCAGCCUCUACUUUUGAAGAGUCUGUAAGCAAUUACUCUGACUGGGUGACUUUUACAGAGGAUGUGGAUCCGUAUGAGAAACAGAGGCUAGAUGAUUUCAGGACUAGUCAGAAGACGAAAAAGGCCGUGCUUCACCCAAGCUUAUAUUUUAGUGCUGAAGAGCUCCCAGCGCUGAGACAGAAAUCUCACACCAGCCAUCUCCACCUCUUCAGAGCCCUCAGAAAUGCGGUGUCAGUGAUGCUGUCCAGUCCAUCAUACUACCUCCCUCCCCCCAAGCAUGCUGAUUUCGCUGCCAAGUGGAAUGAGAUAUACGGGAACAAUCUCCCUCCUUUAGCCUUUUACUGCCUCCUGUGCCCGGAAGAUAAAGCUGCCUUUGAUUUUGUGCUAGAGUAUAUGGACAGAAUGGCUGGAUACAAAGACUGGCUGGUGGAGAAUGCCCCAGGUGACGAAGUUCCUCUGGGCCACUCCUUAACCGGCUUUGCCACCGCUUUUGAUUUUUUAUAUGCCUCAUUGGAUGAUGUCAGAAGGCAAAAAUACUUUGCCAAGAUAUGGGCUGUGACUGAGGAAAUGUACGAGUAUUCCAAAGUCCGUUCCUGGGGCAAGCAGCUUCUUCAUAACCACCAGGCCACUAACAUGCUGGCAUUGCUCAUUGGGGCCCUGGUCACUGGAGGGGGCCUAGAGUCCCAAGCAAAUGCCUGGAAACACGCCGUGGUGGACGUGAUGGAGAAAACCAUGUUUUUGCUCAACCACAUUGUCGAUGGCUCUUUGGACGAAGGCGUGGCUUACGGUAGCUACACCGCCAAAUCGAUCACUCAGUAUAUAUUUCUGGCGCAGCGCCACUUUGGGAUUAACAACCUCGAAAACCACUGGCUCAAAAUGCACUUUUGGUUUUACUACGCUACCCUUCUGCCGGGCUUUCAGAGGACUGUCGGCAUAGCCGAUUCAAAUUACAAUUGGUUUUACGGCCCUGAAAGCCAGCUGGUUUUCCUGGAUAAGUUUGUGCUGAAGAGUGGGGUAGGCAAUUGGCUUGCACAACAAAUUAGAAAGCACCGCCCAAAGGAUGGUCCAAUGGUGCCCUCCACUGCCCAGAGGUGGAGCACGCUUCACACCGAGUACAUAUGGUACGACCCGGGGUUAACUCCCCACCCUCCACCUGAUUACGGCACUCCUAAAAUGCAUGUGUUCCCUAACUGGGGGGUAGUCACGUACGGAGCAGGUUUGCCAAACGCUCAGACAAAUACCUUUGUUUCUUUUAAAUCUGGGAAGCUGGGUGGCCGUGCUGUCUAUGACAUAGUCCAUUUUCAGCCCUAUUCUUGGAUUGAUGGGUGGCGAAGCUUCAACCCAGGCCAUGAACAUCCAGAUCAGAACUCUUUUACCUUUGCUCCUAAUGGGCAGGUGUUUGUCUCCGAGGCCCUCUAUGGACCCAAGCUGAGCCACCUGAAUAACGUCCUGGUGUUCGCUCCAUCUCCCACAAGCCAGUGCAAUCAGCCUUGGGAGGGUCAGCUUGGGGAAUGCACACAGUGGCUUAAGUGGACUGGGGAUGAAGUUGGGGAAGCUGCUGGUGAGGUCAUUACAUCCUCUCAGCAUGAGGAGAUGAUGUUUGUGAGCGGUGAGGCAGCGCCUGCCUACUCAUCAGCAAUGAAGCUGAAAAGCGUGUACCGUUCUCUGCUCCUGCUGAAUCCUCAAAUGUUGCUAGUGGUGGACCAUGUGGAGAAAGAGGAGGACUCUCCCAUUGACUCCAUCAGUGCCUUUUUUCAUAACCUUGACAUUGACUUUAAAUACGUACCAUAUAAAUUUAUGAGCAAAUAUAAUGGAGCCAUGAUGGACGUCUGGGAUGCCCACUAUAAAAUGUUUUGGUUUGACCAUCAUGGGAAUAGCCCUGUCGCUAGGAUACAAGAAGCAGAGCAGGCGGCCGAAUUCAAAAAGCGGUGGACUCAGUUUGUAAAUGUCACUUUCUCUGCAAAGACCACCGUGGCAAGGAUUGCCUACAUUUUCUAUGGGCCGUAUGUCAAUAUUUCUAGCUGUAGGUUUGUUGACGAUGCCCGAUCAGGGUAUCAGAUUUCUCUCAAUGUCAACAACACAGAAACAGUUCUCUCUGUCGUUACAGACUAUCUAAAUCUGAGGACAAGGUUCAGCUAUUUAGGCUUUGGUGGCUACGCCAAGGUAGCCACUCAGGGAAAGGUGACGAGGUUUGGCCUGGGCACCGAAACUGUAUCAAAAGAGGCACCCAGUAACAGGAUCGCUUUCCCCUUUGGAUUUAAAGUGAAUGUCGUUGCAGGGUUGAUCUUAGGGAUUAGCUUGGCUUUGCUGGCCUUCCAGUGGCACUUUUACAUUUCCUUCAGCAGACUCUUGCGUUGGAUCCUCAUCCUGGUCAUCACAUUGUGGUUUGUCGAGCUGGUUGAUGUGUGGAGCUCUUGCACUCAGCCCAUCUGCGGAAAGUGGAGCAGCGACGCGAUGAGUGCGGAGCACAGCACAGGGAAGGACCAGGCACACCCUGUGACUUUGCCUGAUGUGGUCAUUACCUCCCUGCCCAGCUCAGGUGCGGAAAUCCUGAAGCAGCUGUUCUUCAACAGCAGUGACUUCCUAUACAUCAGGAUCCCUUCAGGCUACCUUGACGUCCCCGAAGCCGAGUUUGAGAUCGACUCCUUCGUCGAUGCCUGCGAGUGGAAGGCAUCCGAUGUUCGGAGCGGCCGUUUCCGGCUCUUCCAGGGCUGGCUGCAUUCCCUAGUCAAAGACACAAAACUCCACCUUCAGAAUAUCCAUUUACAUGAAACCAGCAGAAGUAAGUCCGCGCAGCAUCCUGCUGCCAGACAGGAUAAAAAGCGGCGGCCCAGAAAAAGAGAAUCCAUAGCAGAGCAAAGAAGCCGAUUGAGAGGGAGUUCAGAGAAAGAUGCUGAUUACAUUAGGGAGCUCAGGAGACACAUAGCCUCUUAUCCCAAUGCACGCCCCGUGCUUAGCCUGAGCAGUGGGAGCUGGACAUUAAAGCUGCCUUUCUUUCAAGAAAUCAUAGGCGCUUCCUUGAGAGCGCUCUAUGUAGUACGAGACCCCCGGGCAUGGAUCUACUCAGUACUGCACAAAAGCCAGCCAAGCCUUUACUCCUUGAGGAAGGUUCCCCAGCGCCUAGCGAUGCUGUUUAAAGCAGAGGGCAGGAAAGAAAAGUGUAGUUUAAAUGCAGGCUAUGCUUUUGAAUACGAAUCGCUGAGGGAGGAACUCUCCGAUUCAAAUUCAAACGCUGUCUCUGUGAUGUCCCAUUUGUGGCUGGCAAACACGGCGGCAGCCCUGAGACUCAAUGGGGAUUUGCUGCCAGAGAAUUACCGGCUGCUCAAGUUUGAGGACCUAGUCAACUUCCCCCAGAAGGUGGCCGAAUCCAUCUAUGCUUUUCUGGGCAUCCCUCUGUCUCCCGCUAGCUUAAACCAAAUCCUAUUUGCCACAUCCACCAACCUUUUCUACCUUCCUUAUGAAGGAGAGGUCUCCCCGGCCAGCAUCCAGGCUUGGCGACAUGAGAUGCCUCGCGAGGAAAUUAAGCAGAUCGAGGACAUCUGUUUGACUCUAAUGGACCGCUUAGGCUAUCCAAAGUUUACCGAUUUAGAAGCUGCGGGUCAGCGGUAGUUUGCACUAAGGAUCCCCAGGCUCUUCAAUUUGUAGAUAAGAAUCCAAAAAGCUGGUUUAUUCUUGUAAAAUGUCUGUACAGUCUGUUACACUUGCAGAGAGAGAGAUUAUUUUAAAGGAAAUGAGAUAUUUGGUCUGGUAAGCUUCCCCCACCCUCCCUUUUCCUUCCUAAACAACAACAACAACAACGACGAGAAAAAGCCCCCUCGUAAUUACUUUUGCUGCCUUUGAAAAUAAAGCUGUGUGAAUCUUUGCAUUUGUUUCCAGAUGGGGACUGACUAUAGCUCAGAGGAUGGGUAAUAGGAUCAGGGCCUUACAUUCCUUGGCUCUUGGCAUGAAUCCCAGCCGGGCAGGGAGUUGCCAAGUGUCACUGCCAUCUGCUGGUUAUUUGGUGGCCAGUGUUGGGAGGAGGUUGGGCUCAGCCCUAGUUUUCAAUGAACAACUGUUUGUAUUGCAAAGCAGACUUGGCGUUUGGCAGCAGUGAUCUCCCAUGGGCUGGAUUUACUGACAUGUUAUGUCUGCUUUUAACUACCCCAGCGGUGCUGAGAAGCCAUAAAGUCAACCUAACCAGCCAGUUAAACUGUGUUUUAUGAUUGCCUGACAUCACUGAAGUGACAGAAAGCAGAUCACACACACACACUGGCACAAUCUUGGCAUCCUAUUGGCAGCCUUAGCAAAGAGACCAAGACCCAAACUGACAUGGAAGCAUACUAAUACUAUUUCGUGUGUUUCUUCCAUUCCUCAGCAGUAAGGAAUCUGAGUCUGUAAGGUAAUUUCAGGAUAGCGGUUCCUACUGUUACUGUGCUGUGAGUAAAUAAUUCAUAGUCAGAAGUAAUGAUAAAUAUACAUACAGAGCCCAUUUUUGUGAUUGUCUUUCUGACACGGGCGUCUUCUGUUGUUUUAUCUGGAUUACAUCUGCACAAAAUCUUCUCCAUCUCAGCAUCUUGAAACCAAGUCGGGCGUGCAGAAUCAGUUGCCUGAAAAAUAAGGUACAUAUAGAUGGGGAGAACCAUGGGC